GACAUUCUCCUAUUGAACAUAUCAGCAGUUCAGCUCACUACAAGGGUCCUGUUUUGUGCUCCGGCACCAAGCAAAAAGCCGCAACCUGCUCACCCGUUGUGAUCCCCCGUAGCCACGCACAGAGAGGACAAUGGACCGCACCAAUCCGGCAAUUAGCAACCCAGCGGACACAGCGAGCACGCAUCCACACACGGCGGUCGCGGAAAUGGCGCCGCUGCCGAGCCCCGCCGGCGCGGCCCCAGCCGCACCGGUACCGGCGGCCUGUCCGGGCGGCGCCGUUAGCGGGCGCGGCGACAUCACUGCUGGCCACGGCGGCGGCACCGCCGCGGCAUUGGGGCAACUGCCGUCUCGAGGCCCCUCGCAGUCCGGAGGAGGUGGCGGUGGGUGUGGGGGUGGCGGUCAGCUGCUGCCGUCACGAGGCCCCUCGCAGUCGGGCCUGCCGCCCAGCCCGGCUCUGUCGCCGCGGCGGCAGCAGUGGAGCUUCGAAGAGCACCAGGCGGCGAUUGACGCGGCGCUGCCGCUCUCUCCGGGGCGCAGUAACGCCGGGCGCGCGGCUGUGGCCCGGUCUGUGGGCUGUGGACUGCCGGGCAUGCUGUCGGGCUGCACGCCGGAUGCGGAAAUGGACGAGCCGGCACUCGAGGAGAUCAUGGACGAGUGCGAAUUCCGAGCGGCGCGCACAUGAGUGGAAGAGCAUAAACGUGGUGUUGGAGGGGAGUUGCGUGCUGGGACGCGCAUCCAAGUGAGGUGGGCCUACGACAUGCGACGUGUUGCUUGGGCGUUGUGCCCCGCAGCAGCGUUGGUUGGCACUGGGUG